UACGGAUACGUUGAGGUGAUAACCUUGAAUCGUGAAAUUAAAACUAACAAUAACUUAUAACAAUAAAAAGUUAAUAAACACAAACAAAAUAAUAAAAUAACUAUCUAGUGUAUUAUAUGCUUGCAUUCGCUUGUCAAUAUUGACAUUACGCUUAGUGUGAGAUAAAGCGCCUCAAUGCGUGAAUGAACGCUUUGUGAGUGAGCGACAUACCGGUGCUCGUACAUAUAAUUAGCGGUAGAAAACCGGCUGUAAGGCAUUAAUAUCAGAAGCGCACUUUAGCCAAGUUAUUACAAAAUAUAAACAAAAAAUUCGCUAGUCAGACCAAAAGCGUUGACACUGACGGUAGUGUUUUGAAGAAGCUAGAGCAAAGCGCGGUUAUCAUCAAAAUGCAAAAACAACAACUGAUUUGUGUUUAUUUCUCACUGCUUGUUUUGGUUUCGGCCGAAAUGGUGGCAAGUCAGAUCGUUAGUGCGGGCUUGUGUCCAUCCAACAUCCAAACUGUGCAAGAUUUCGAUGCAGAAGCGUAUUUGGGUACAUGGUAUGAGUACUCCAAGUAUCCUUUCAUUUUCGAGGCCGGCGGUAGGUGUGUACAGGCUGAUUAUGGUGCUUUAUCUGACGAUUCGAUUACAGUGCUGAAUAGCCAAUUAUCAAUUUUCAAUUCAAGAUCAUCUAUUGACGGCGUUGCCAAAAUUGUUGGACCAGGCAAACUUUCCGUGCGUUUCAAUGGUUUUGCUUCUCUUGCUGGAUACGCUGACUACUGGGUAUUAGGUACUGAUUAUGAAAAUUAUGCUGUCGUCUACAGCUGCAAGAAUUUAAUAGUCGCACAUAUGGAAACCGCAUGGAUCCUAACGCGCGAGCGCGAUCCAUCGGAGGAUAUUAUAACAGAAGCUGAGAAUAUACUUACUUCCCAAAGCGUAUCAUUGAAACCUUUGAUUGUGACCGAUCAAACAGGUUGUCGAGCCAAAUGAAAAUAAGACCGCAACAACCCAUAAAAUCAUUUAAAAUAUGAACUAUCCGAAAGUAUGUAAAUAUUGUAUAAUACAAAUAAAACACUACAAAUACUAGCAUCAAAACAA